CAUCCAAAUAGUGCCUCACCAGUUUUGGCGGAAAAAGAAAGAUUCUUGCGGAAGGUGAUGGUUGUGGUGGUGGUGGUAGGUGAAGUGAGAAGUGAAGAACAGUCUUCUCUUAUGACGCUGCGACCUACCAACUAACUUGGAAGCCCGUCCACCAUAUACCUUUCUGCCAUUAAAGCUUCCAUUCCUUGUUUUGUCAGCAGCAGGAAGGCUCCUCGGCCACUCUCUCUCACUCUCCCUCUUCGUUCAGAUCAUCACAGGUGCCGUCUACUUAUUUUCCUCUGUCUUGUUUCGCUUUGAUCACCCUCAAAUGGCAAAAGAAGGGAUGACCCAGGGCGAGGAGGUUGUUCUUGCGGAAGAAAUUGAUCAUGUUAGGGUGAUCACCUUAAACCAGCCCCGCAAAUUGAAUGUCAUUUCAUCUAGAGUGGUUUAUCUGCUGGCUGAAUACUUAGAGAGAUGGGAGAAAGAUGAUAAGGCACAACUUGUGAUCAUCAAGGGGGCUGGUCGAGCUUUCUCUGCUGGUGGAGACUUGAAAAUGUUCUACGAUGGCAAAAAAUCAAAGGAUUCCUGCCUGGAAGUUGUCUAUAGAAUGUACUGGCUUUGUUAUCACAUCCAUACCUACAAGAAAGUCCAGGUCACUCUUGUCAAUGGAAUAUCAAUGGGUGGAGGGGCAUCUUUAAUGGUUCCAAUGAAGUUUUCAGUCGUCACAGAAAAGACGGUUUUUGCAACUCCAGAAGCGAGCAUCGGGUUUCAUACUGAUUGCGGUUUCUCCUACAUGCUUUCCCAUCUGCCUGGAUGGCUGGGGGAAUACUUGGCUUUAACUGGUGCGAGGCUGAAUGGCAAAGAAUUGGUGGCAGCUGGGCUAGCAACUCACUUUGUCUCUUCUGAGAAACUUCCUGAGCUGGAGAAGCAUCUGAUGAGUUUGAAAUCAGGGGAAGAGAAUGCUGUCAGGUCUGCAAUCGACGAAUUUGCAGUAGAAGUUCAGCUUGAUGAAGAGAGUGUCCUGAACAAGAGGGCAGUAAUUGACGAGUGCUUUUCAAAGGAUACUGUUCCAGAUAUCAUAAAAUCAUUGGAAUGCGAGGCAAGCAAAGAUGGAAAUGGGUGGAUAGGACCAGUGCUCAAGGGGCUAAAGAGAUCAUCCCCUACAGGACUGAAAAUGACCCUAAGAUCGAUCCGCGAAGGCCGCAACCAAAAACUUUCUGAAUGUUUGAGAAAGGAAUUUAGACUAACAAUGAACGCUCUACGAAUGGUGAUAUCUGAAGAUGUAUAUGAGGGAAUCAGAGCUGUUACUAUCGACAAGGACAAUUCUCCCAAGUGGGAUCCACCGACUCUUGAUAAAGUGGAAGACCACAAAAUUGAUCUCGUGUUCCAGCCAUUCCAAGAGGAUCUUGAGCUCCAGAUCCCAGAAAAGGAAGAAUGCAGGUGGUCCGGGAAAUUUGAGAGCUCACCGUAUCCAGCUAUGCAAACGACGAACAGGACAAGUUGAAAUUUCACAGUUUCUAUGGCUGGUGAUCUCACGCGACAUGUUUCCCUCACGAUGAUGGAGUGAACUGUGAUGUUGUUCAGGGGUUGCUGGAGAAAGCAAACGAAGAGUGCCCGGUAUGAAUGCGCUAUGGCAAGGCAUUUCUAUCGGCUAGGAUUGGUGUACUGAUCAGAACUUCCCUUGCUGUUUAAGUUGCGUAGCAAGAGUAUGAGUUGUAAUAGAACCUAAACUCCGAAAUUCUAAUAAUGGUACAACUAUCGCUGGCAGGUUAGCUCAA